AUGGCAACAAAUACAUGUUAUGUUAUACCAUUUUUAAUGAUUAUAUUCGUAUUAAAUAACAUUAAUGGUCAAACAUUAUCUACUGUAUCAUGCGAACCUGUAUUAGAGAAUUAUUUUGACUAUUUAACUGAGUCACAUCCUACUACAUAUCGUUCUUUAUCCAUUCAAGCUACAUAUAUAUUGGAAAAUAGAUAUGUUGCAUAUUAUAUUGGGUCUCUUAAUUAUGUUAAAUCAAUUGAUUCAUUAAAUGGUACAGUAAUAGUAUCAUUCAGCGAUCGAACAUGGACUCCACCAUGUGGUUUAUUAUUGUUUUGUCCUUCUCAAAAUUUUAAUUAUAAAAAUACGGAUACUCAAACUAUUGUAAUUAGUAGAUCAGGUGCCAUUGAAUUUAUUUUAAACAGUUGGGGAAAUGCGAAAUUCUAUGGCCAAUUACAAUGUUAUGGUGUAAAUGAACCACUUUAUAUAGCGCCAACAACAGAAUCAGCAUCUAUGUUUGCUAUGACAUUAGAAGAGGAACAGUUUGUUAUACCACAAUAA